AUGUUGAGUGAGAUCUUGAUCAGUUUAGGGCUUGCUAUUGCCCUCACAUAUCUCGCACUGGACUUACCCCGGCUACGUCAACAAUGGAGACUGUGGGCCCAUCGCAACGAACUCCCACCAGGACCAAAAUCCAUCAAAACCGGUAUCAAGAAGCCAUGGCUGUGGUUCAAGGAACUGCAUCAGCAGUAUGGAGAUGUCGUGUAUCUGCAGAUGGGCCCAACGCCGACAGUGGUCUUGGGUUCGGCCCAGGCGGCCUGGGACCUCCUUGAGAAGCGCGGCGCCAUAUUCUCCUCACGCCCCCGCUUCAUCAUGGGCAGUGAGCUACUCUCUGGUGGCCUACGCGGUCUGAUGGCGCCGUACUCUCCCUUCUGGAGGCGCUGGAGGAAGCUCCUGCACAGCGGGUUCAUGCAGCGCCAAAGCGAGAUGUACCGUCCGAUUCAAAGUCUGGAGUCGAAGGUGCUUAUGCAAGACCUGCUCCACGACCCAAAGAACUUCCGAGAGCAUCUAGAGCGUUAUGCGGCUUCCGUUAUUGUUACUGUAACUUAUGGCAGGCGAGUGGAGGACGUCAAGACUGACAAGGUCGUCCGCAUGAACGCUGAGUCGAUGACCCGGCUCACUCUUGUUAAUAUUCCAGGCAAAUAUGCCGUCGAACGGUACCCCCUGCUCAAACACGUCCCGAGCUUCCUUGCGCCAUGGAAGCGGGAGGUCCUUGAGCAGCGCAGGAAGGAUAUCGAGAUGUAUACCGGCUUGAUGGAGGAUGUUAAGAAGCGGCUGACUGCUGGAAAGCUGCCGGAUUGCUUCGCCAAGCAUCUUUUGGAUGAGCAGAAGAAUCUGGGCAUGACAGAUCUUGAGAUUGCUUACACUGCCGGGUCGCCAUUUGGUGCUGGUGUUGAGACGUUUGGCCACAGAUUUAUUCCCAAGGCUCAGGAAGAACUUGAUCUGGUUGUUGGCCCCGACAGGCUACCCACGUUCGACGAUCUCAGAAACCUGCCUUACAUCCGGGCCAUCGUCGCUGAGACCCUGAGGUGGCGGCCCGUUGCUGUUUUGGGUGGCACUCCCCAUGCUAGCACCGCCGACGACUAUUAUCGUGGCUGGUUCAUCCCUAAGGGCAGCACGAUCAUUGCCCCUCUAUGGAGCAUCCACCUCAACGAGAAGGACUUCCCCGAGCCGCACGAGUUCCGUCCCGAGCGCUUUCUCGAGCAGCGCAAGUACCCUGGUAACCUGGGCCACAGCGCCUUUGGCUGGGGCCGCCGCAUCUGUCCCGGCAUGCACCUCGGCACAAAUUCUGUUUUGAUCAACACUGCUCGUAUCCUCUGGGGUUUUAACAUCAAGCCUGCUGUCAAUGAGAAGGGGGAGAAAAUUGAUGUCGAUAUCUUUGCCUACUCUGAGGGUUUCAACUCUACUCCUCUCCCCUUUGAGUGUUCGAUCACUCCACGCUCCAAGAAGCAUGCUCAGGUUAUUGAAAGGGAGUAUAAGCAGGCGUAUGAGCAGCUUAGGGUGUACAUGGCGUCGAGCACACUUUAA